AGAUGUUAACUGGAGCAUGUGCUUAUUGUAAUUCACACUUUUGUUACUAUUAGUUAAAAAAAAAAAAUACAAAUUGUUCUACAUGCUGUCCGUAUGGAAAACGAUUUUUGGGUCCAGCGAAUCCAGACGCAAGGAGAGGCUCACCUAAAGAUAAUUAAAUACAGAUUGCAGCAAGCAGGUUCAAGUUUUAUCUGUGUGGAGUAAAAUUACUCCCCUGACCAGUUUGGACUAAUGAUGGCUCUAAUGGUUCACCUGAAGACGGUCGCCCACCUCCGGGGGAAAGGUGACAGGAUCGCCAAAGUUACAUUCAGAGGUCUGUCCUUCUACAGCCAUGUAGCAGAGAACUGUGAAGCAGUGGCCCACUUUAAUGAGACAUUUCGGUGGCCGAUUGCCAGCAGGCUGGAUGGAAACGAGAUGCUGGAGAUCCAAGUGUACAAUUACAGCAAAGUCUUUUCCAACAGACUGGUGGGGACUUUCUGUAUGGUACUUCAGAAAGUGGCUGAGGAAGGACACCUAGAGUUGACCGACACACUCAUUGACGAUAACAACACAUCAAUAAAGACCAGCGUUACCAUAGAGAUCAGAUACCAGCCAAUGGAUGGCACAGUGGGCGUGUGGAGUGACGGGGAGUUUCUGGAUGUUCCUGAUGACCGUGACGGGAUGUUUGCUUUUGAGACGGACAGCUUGCUGUCAGGACAAAGCCACAUGUCAGGAACAUCUCCUGGACGAUCUUUACAAGGAUCCAUACCAACCUUCAGAAAAGCAGGGAAGGGAGUCUUUUCAGCCAUGAAGCUUGGCAAGAUCAAGAGCUCUAAAGACGAUCACAAGAAAGGAGAUGAGCCGGCAGUCCUGGACAUGGAGGACCUGGACAAGAAGGCGAUGCGUCUUGCUGGAGUGCUGGAUCCAGACACCAUCUCUUUGGCCUCUGUCACUGCCGUCACCACAAACGUCUCCAAUAAGAGGUCAAAGCCAGAUAUCAAGAUGGAACCGAGCUCUGGGCGACCAGUGGAUUACCAGAUUAGCAUCACAGUGAUCGAGGCCCGGCAGCUGUUGGGCCUAAACAUGGACCCCGUGGUGUGUGUAGAGAUCGGGGAUGACAAGAAGUACACGUCCAUGAAGGAGUCCACCAACUGUCCAUACUACAAUGAGUAUUUUGUCUUUGACUUCCACGUCCCUCCUGAUGUCAUGUUUGACAAGAUCAUAAAGCUCUCAGUCAUUCACUCUAAAAACCUUCUUCGGAGUGGGACCCUGGUGGGAACCUUCAAGAUGGAUGUUGGAACUGUUUAUUCUCAGCCUGAACACCAGUUCUACCACAAAUGGGCCAUACUGUCUGAUCCUGAUGACAUCACAGCAGGGUGCAAAGGAUAUAUAAAAUGCGACAUUGCUGUGGUUGGGAAAGGCGACAACAUUAAGACACCACACAAGGCCAAUGAGACCGAUGAAGACGACAUAGAGGGGAACCUUCUUCUCCCAGAGGGCAUCCCAGCAGAGCGGCAGUGGGCGAGGUUUUAUGUGAAGAUCUACCGCGCCGAGGGCCUUCCUAAAAUGAACACCAGCAUCAUGGCUAAUGUGAAGAAGGCCUUCAUAGGAGAGAACAGAGACCUGGUCGACCCCUAUGUUCAAGUGCAAUUUGCUGGGCAGAAAGGGAAGACUUCAGUCCAGAAAAGCAGUUAUGAACCAAUCUGGAAUGAGCAAGUCGUCUUCACUGAGCUUUUCCCUCCCCUUUGCAAACGCCUGAAGGUCCAAAUACGAGACUCUGAUAAGGUCAAUGACGUUGCCAUAGGAACCCACUUUAUUGACCUACGCAAGAUAUCCAAUGAUGGUGACAAAGGGUUCCUGCCCACCCUGGGUCCAGCCUGGGUCAACAUGUAUGGCUCCACCCGCCAGUACACUCUCAUGGACGAGCAUCAGGACCUGAAUGAGGGACUAGGAGAAGGCGUGUCCUUCAGAGCCCGUCUCCUGCUCUCCAUUGCUGUGGAGAUCUUGGACACUACUUCCCCUGAGAUCAUAAGCUCCACUGAGGUGCAGGUGGAGUCUGUCUCUAACAUCUCAGAGAGCGCCACAGGAAAAAUAGAGGAGUUCUUCCUCUUUGGUUCCUUCCUGGAGGCCACAAUGAUCGACAGGAAGAUUGGUGACAAGCAAAUUACUUUUGAAAUCACAAUAGGUAACUAUGGCAACCAGAUAGAUGGCGUGAGCAAGCCGUCAUCAGCAAAGAAGAAGAAGAAAGACGGAGAAAAUGAAGAGGAGGAGAGCGAGCUCAUCCAGAACUCCAGUGAGGAUGAAGCAGAUGAGGACGGGGACCUGGUCUCGGUCUCCUCCACUCCUCUGAUGAAGCCUGUCAUCACUGACAGGAAUUACUUCCAUCUUCCUUACUUUGAAAAGAAGCCGUGUGUCUACAUCAAGAGCUGGUGGCAGGACCAAAGAAGACGACUAUACAACUCCAACAUGAUGGACAAGAUUGCUGAUAAGCUGGAAGAGGGUUUGAAUGAUGUUCAGGAGAUCAUUAAGACAGAGAAGGCCUUUCCAGAGCGCCGACUCAGGGGAGUGCUGGAGGAGCUGAGCAUUGGCUGCAGUCGGUUUGUGACGCUGGCUAACAAGGAUGUGAACCAAGCAGGCAGAACCAAACUGGAUCGAGAACGGCUCAAGUCCUGCAUGAGAGAGAUGGACAGCAUGGGUCAGCAAGCCAAACAGAUUCGGACACAGGUGAAGAAGAACACAGUCAGAGACAAACUCAAACUGGUGCAAAACUUCCUGCAGAGGCUCCGCUUCCUUGCUGACGAGCCACAGCACAGCAUCCCAGAAGUUUUUGUCUGGAUGAUGAGCAACAACAAGCGCAUUGCUUAUGCCCGGAUUCCUUCCAAAGACAUCCUGUACUCCAUAGUGGAUGAGGAAACAGGAAAGGACUGUGGUAAAGUCAAAGCUGUCUUUCUCAAGCUGCCUGGUAAGAAGGGCUUUGGUCCUGCAGGCUGGACAGUUCAGGCUAAGUUGGAGUUGUAUCUGUGGCUGGGCCUCAACAAGCAAAGGAAGGACUUCCUCAAUGGUCUGCCUAAUGGUUUUGAAGAGAUCAAAGCUGCUAAAAUGGGCCCCGGUCUUCAGUCCAUCCCCCCUGUCAGCCUCGUCUACAACAUGAAGCAAGUCUUUCAGCUGAGAGCGCACAUGUACCAGGCCCGCAGUCUGUUUGCCGCUGACAGCAGUGGCCUUUCAGACCCCUUCGCGAGGGUCUUCUUCUCCACACACAGCCAGGUUACUGAGGUCCUGAGCGAGACUCUUUGCCCUACAUGGGACCAGCUGCUGGUGUUUGACGAUGUGGAGCUGUUUGGGGAGGCCAGCGAGCUGAGAGACGAUCCACCAAUCAUUGUAGUUGAAAUCUAUGACCAGGACACGGUGGGAAAGGCAGAGUUCAUAGGUCGGACGUUUGCGAAGCCCACCAUCAAGAUGUGUGAUGAGCACUACGGCCCUCCGAGGUUCCCGCCACAGCUGGAGUACUACCAGGUUUACAGAGGGAACUGCACUGCUGGGGAACUGCUGGCUGCCUUUGAGCUGCUACAGAUACCUUACGAUUCGGAGGAGAUUAGGCGAGCUCUGAUUGCUGUCCAUAACUUUGCUGUUCCUCAAAUAAAGAUUGGUCAAGGUGGGAGAGCUGACCUUCCUCCCAUUGAAGGGCAGACAGACUCAGAACAUGGACCGAUUCUCCCUGUGCCACUGGGCAUCCGGCCUGUCCUGAGUCGCUACCGCAUAGAGGUUUUGUUUUGGGGCUUAAGGGACCUAAAGAGGAUUAACCUGGCCCAGGUGGAUCGGCCCCGUGUGGAUAUCGAGUGUGCAGGUAGAGGUGUUCAAUCUGCCCUCAUCCAGAACUACAAGAAGAACCCCAAUUUCAGCACACUGGUCAAAUGGUUUGAGGUGGACUUGCCAGAGAAUGAGCUUCUCCACCCUCCUCUCAACAUCCGAGUGGUGGACUGCCGCGCAUUUGGCCGCUAUAUCCUGGUGGGGUCCCACGCCGUCAGCAGCCUGAGACGUUUCAUCUACAGCGCCCCAGACAAGACCUCCAACAACUGGGCCACUGCAGCUAAGCUUAUGAAUGGCUACAUGGUCCUAGCCAAUGGCGGCUCCCAGCCUCGCUCCUCACCCAGCCUUUCCUCCCGCACUCUCUCUCGCCCCGCAGGUGACGUCAUUGUCAACAUGGACUCAGAGCCUGGGGUCCGAAAAAUGGACACAGUUGUCAAGUUAGAUGCUACGUCUGAUGCUGUAGUAAAAGUUGACAUGACCGAGGAAGAGAGCGACAAAGAGAAGAAGAAAAAGAAGAAGAAAAAGAAGGGAGGGGUGGAGGAGGAAGAAGAGACAGAUGAGAGUGUGCUGGACUGGUGGUCCAAAUAUUUUGCUUCUAUCGAGACACUGAAGGAGACCCUGAGAGCCCAGGAGGCGGCUCAGGCUGAGGCGGAGGAGAGAGAGGACCUGGAGAUAGCAGCAGAGGCAGCAGAUAUCAAACCUGAUGACCUUCUUCUGAAAGGCUCCAAGAUAAGAGAAAAGACAAAAGAGAAGAAGAGCUCCAAGGACAAGAAGAAGGGUCAAGCUGUGGAUGGAUCCGAGAAACGACCAGUUAAAUCGAAAGUGGACGAGUUGAUGGUGUACAACAAGGAGCUGGAGAGUGAGUAUGGCAACUUCGAGGACUGGCUUCACACUUUCAACCUCUAUAGAGGAAAAGCUGGGGACGAUGACGAACACGCUCUGGACGAUGACAGAAUUGUCGGAAGAUUCAAGGGAUCCUUAUGUAUGUAUAAGCUACCCCUGUCAGAGGAGAUCACGAGAGAGGCAGGAUAUGAUCCUAACAUGGGCAUGUUCCAGAGCAUUCCUCAUAACGAUCCAAUCAACGUCCUCGUCCGUGUCUAUGUGGUCAGGGCCACAGAUCUUCAUCCUGCUGAUAUCAACGGGAAGGCUGAUCCUUACAUUGUCAUCAAGCUGGGCAAGUCAGAGGUCAAGGACAAAGAGAACUACAUCUCCAAACAGCUCAAUCCUGUAUUUGGCAAAUCAUUUGACAUUGAAGCCACGUUCCCCAUGGAGUCCAUGCUAACGGUGUCUGUGUAUGACUGGGACCUGGUGGGCACAGAUGACCUAAUUGGAGAGACAAAGAUUGACCUGGAGAAUCGUUUCUACAGCAAAUACAGAGCCACCUGUGGCAUAUCCUCCAACUACUCUGUCCAUGGGUACAAUGUCUGGCGUGAUCCUAUGAAGCCCAGCCAGAUCCUGACGAGGCUGUGUAAGGACGGAAAGAUUGAUGGACCUCAUUAUGGGCCUGGAGGAAAAGUCAAGGUGGCGAACCGCAUCUUCAUGGGACCUACGGAGAUUGAGGACGAAAAUGGUCUGAAGAAGCAGACUGAGGAGCAUUUAGCUUUGACAGUGCUCAACCACUGGGAGGAAAUCCCGAGGGUGGGCUGCAAGCUGGUCCCUGAACAUGUGGAGACCAGACCCCUGCUGAACGUCGACAAACCUGGCAUCGAACAGGGUCGUAUUGAGAUGUGGGUGGAUAUGUUUCCUAUGGACAUGCCUGCUCCUGGACCUGCGAUUGACAUAUCACCACGAAAACCAAAGAGAUAUGAGCUCAGGGUGAUUAUUUGGAAUACAGACGAAGUAAUACUGGAGGACGAUGAUUACUUCACUGGGGAAAAGUCCAGUGACAUAUUUGUCAGGGGGUGGCUGAAAGGGCAACAGGAGGACAAGCAGGACACAGAUGUGCACUACCACUCCUUGACUGGUGAGGGAAACUUUAACUGGCGCUUCGUCUUCCCCUUUGAUUACCUCAUGGCUGAGGAGAAGAUCGUCAUCUCUAAGAAAGAGUCCAUGUUCUCCUGGGAUGAGACCGAAUACAAGAUUCCUCCUCGUCUCACGCUGCAGGUCUGGGAUGCUGACCACUUCUCUGCUGAUGACUUCCUGGGUGCGAUUGAGCUGGACCUAAACCGGUUCCCUCGUGGCGCAAAGACGGCCAAGCAGUGUUCCAUUGACAUGAUCCGGAAUGAGCAGGAGCUGCCCACCAUCUCCAUCUUCAAACAAAAGAGGGUCAAGGGAUGGUGGCCUUUUGUGGCCCGUGAUGAGAAUGAUGAGAUGGAGCUCACGGGUAAGGUUGAAGCUGAGCUCCAUCUGGUAACAGCAGAGGAGGCAGAGAAAAGUCCCGUAGGACUGGGACGCAAUGAGCCGGAUCCACUGGAGAAACCAAACCGCCCAGACACCACCUUCCUGUGGUUCCUGAGCCCGCUGAAAGCCAUCCGCUACCUGGUGUGCAACCGCUACAAGUGGCUGAUCAUAAAGAUCGUGCUGGCCCUGCUGCUGCUGAUCAUGCUGGGCCUCUUCCUCUACAGCAUGCCGGGCUACCUUGUCAAGAAACUGCUGGGGGCCUGAGCGGCUGCUGGGGAGGACAGGGAGGGAGGGGGGAGGGUGCUGGCUCAGGUGUCCAAAACCAGAAGAAGGUGUCCCGCUCUCUCCCUCAGUCUCACUCACAGGAAGGGAGGCAGAGGGAGGAGAGGUACUGUGGAGGUCUGAUUGCAUUAUUUUAUCCUCUGUAAUCCAUUCUGAUCUUCAUGUACAGCUUGACACCUUCCACUUUACCUCUGAGGAGAGAAGCAGAAAGACUUUUCCCCAAAGUCAUGAGAAACACUAACAGUAACCUCUAUCCAAUCUGCAGCAAGUUUAACAAAUCUAAUCUGGACUCCAUCCUUGAACUGACUGAAAAGCAAUCAUCUGGCAGAAAGUGACCCCUUAUCUGACCUUAUUUUACUAAUAAAUGUUACAUGACAAUGAAUGUUUCUUUAACUGUUUAUACAGCUUUUAAUCUAAGCAUUUCAAUUCAUUUAUCGAAGUAUGUUCAUUUCAGAGCACUGGGGUUGUGGUCAGACGAUUGCAUGGAUGUUCAUUUCAAGUGAUGCUCCUUGAUGCUGUUAAAUCUCCCAUUUCUGCUACAAUGUCUGCUGUUGAUUUAGGUUAAUAGGGAACAAAUGAACAAUAUUUUUAACAAUAUUAUAGCCCUUGCAGUCUUUGCACACUUCGAGAAUAAUAAUGAAGAAACAAAAAUAACAAAGAUGUCUAUUUUCCUAAUGACAGAACAAGACAACUUCAAAAUUAAUCAAAUGGUGAAAUAAUGAAAUAAGCUUUCCACAGGGUCAAGUUAUGUUAAACGUUUAAUCUCUCAAAUAAAAGCAACCAAACCAGACUUGGGUUAAACAAUAUUUGCAAAUAAUUCUCAGCAGCUGUUUUAACCUCUUUUGUAUAAUCAGUAUGUUGACUGUGUAAGCUCCGGUCAGAGGUACAGUGGGUGGGUUCUCUCAGAAGCUAAUGGACACUCCCAUAUUUUUGUGUAAUUGUAUAAAUGCUCACUGUUCUGUGUCACAAACCCUGCUGACAUAAUCCUCAGAAUAAAAAAAAUUAUUUGCAAAUAUCAUUCAACCAGGCCAGGACCAAGAUCAGUUUUCUACCAAACUGUAGGCUUCUAUGUCAAAAUGCAUGCAUCAUAGUGAUAACUGACCAGAGAGGUCAUGUGUGUUGGCAUGACUGUCCUUCCACCUCGACACGAACAAAUUACAAACCCCUGUUGUCUUUAACAUUACAUAUAAUGUAAAGAUUAUCUCAUGGGAAUAUGAUAAAAGUGCACUUGAGCAGAGUGGUAAAGGAGUCUGGGAAAAUUCUCGAAACUCCGGCACUGUCCCUGUAACAGAUGGCAUCGUUUGCAGUGUCCAUUACCCACUUUUCAGGAUUUGCCUGUGCUUGACCUGUCGUUCAUUUGUGUUGGAGUCUUUGUUUGUGAUUUUGUGUUUCAACGAUUACAGAGUUAUUGUUUGCACUAAACUUGCCUGUUUUUACGAUGAAUUUGUGUAUUUAUAUAUCUGUUGAAAAUGUGUGCACUAUUUAUUUAUUUUUUGUCUGUUUUGGCAAUUUCAAAUAAAGUUAAUUCCAUGGACUACAUGUUUGUUAAAGUUCUCUCACCCUGAGUGCGUGAGAAGAAGAGGCUGCUUGCAAUUGCCUUUUUAUUCUUUAAAUCUCUCUGUGCAGUCGUCCCAGCGCCAGCAUGUCGUGGCUGCUGAGCCCGGUGAGGACGAUGUGUAUUGUGGCCUGGAGGCACUACAAGCUGCACUGUGCUGUGCU